ACUGGAUGGGAAGUCUAGGUUUAAAUGAUAUUUCACUAAAUCUCCGUAGGGUUUAACGCUAUACUUCCAUGUUCAUGUGGAGCGCUCUCCGGUCACUCCCUCCCGGCAUUUCAGUUUCUUCUUUGCGGUAAUUCUUUUGUGUGGUGCAUCGAUUAGAUUAAUCUCACUUAAUUGCUGCUGCUGCUGCUGCUGCUGCUGCUUCCGUUUCUAUUGUAUUCGAUUCAAUGACCCUUAAUUUUCAAUGGCUAUGAGCUGAAAGCCUAAUUUCGGCUAAAUUUGAGGGUAGAUUAUACUGAGCUUUUUCGGACUUCAAAAGCUCCUGCUUCCUAUGCCCUUGUGAUGAAUAUGGCAUUGCAAAGUUACCCUCAGAUCUGUUUAAAGCGUUCCAUUGUGAAUGCAGAGAAGUCUCCGCUAAGAGUUAGUAUGCCAUGUGCUUUAAGUAUGAAGUCAGAAAGGAUGGUUUGUUUGCUGAGGAGUUCUAUAAAUGCUCGUCACCCGCUCUCCACAUUACGAGUCAGGAUGCCUUUUGAAUAUUCAUUUUCUAACUCCAGAAAGCCUUUAAAUUUUCCAAGUUAUGGGAUAACACACACACAUAGUUCAACUUACUUUGUUAGUACCACCAAGACAUUUUUUCAGGUCCCCGUAAUAGGUUCCCUAAAUUAUGUUGUUCAUGCUAAAAGUGCGAGUAGUUGGAGAAGCUGUUCAUUCGAAACAUUUAAUAAGCACAAGAAAUGGCCAAAGGCAUGUUCUCCUCAUGAACAGGAGACAUUCAAGCUACAAGCAACAAGUAGCAGUUCGGAAGACAGAGAUGAGUUGUCCUUAUUAGUUAGCUCAACUGUGAAGGAUGAGGACAAUUCCACAGUUAUCAAAAGGGCAAGAAAACCAAAGAGCACAAAUAAAGUUGCGCCGAAAUCUAGAAGCACGAAAAAACAACAUCAGUCAACCCAUGGUGAAGCAGCAGAUGCACCAGACAGCUCUAAGAAAGUGACAGGAGCAAGAAAGACAAGGAAUAUUAAAAAUAAACAAUCUUCUAUAGAAUCAAAUACAGAGUUUAAUUCAACUACAGGUAUUCAAACUGAAGAAGCUGAUAAAAACAUUUCAAAAAAGAAUGGGGCAAAGAAGGCAGUUAGGAGUUCGGCCAAGAAGGGGAAAUCUGAUGUGAACGGCCAUUCUGUUCUGAAGUCUGAUACGGAACUUAUAGGUGAAAAUUCAUCCUUCAUAACCAAAGCUAAGUCUCAGGAUCAAAAGACUUGGCCUCAAUUAUACCCACCUGUUGCUAAAACUGUCUUGGUGGUGGAAUCUGUUACAAAGGCUAAAGUUAUUCAAGGAUAUGUUGGUGAAAUGUUUGAGGUCUUACCUAGUUAUGGCCAUGUUAGGGAUUUGGCUGCAAGAUCUGGAUCUGUUCGGCCUGAUAAUGACUUUAGUAUGGUUUGGGAAGUCCCGACAGCUGCUUGGUCUCAUCUUAAGAGUAUAAAGGCUGCGUUAAGCGGAGCAAAGAAUCUUCUUCUCGCCUCAGAUCCUGAUCGUGAAGGAGAGGCAAUUGCUUGGCACAUCAUUGAGAUGUUGCAGCAACAGGAUGUUUUGCAUGAAGGCGUCACUGUUGCAAGAGUUGUCUUUAAUGAAAUAACUGAAUCAUCCAUUAAAAGUGCGCUCCAGUCUCCACGAGAGAUUGAUGCAGAUUUGGUGAAUGCAUAUCUCGCACGACGCGCUCUUGAUUACUUGAUUGGAUUCAAUAUUUCACCUUUAUUAUGGAGGAAGUUGCCUGGCUGCCAGUCUGCUGGACGUGUCCAAUCUGCUGCCCUGGCUCUUAUAUGUGACAGGGAAAAGGAAAUUGAUGAAUUCAAAGCCCAGGAAUACUGGACGAUUGGUGCUCAGUUUCAGAAGGAAAAUCCAAAUGCAGAUAACAAUGUUCUUCUCUCAUCACAUUUAACUCAUUUUGAUUCCAAAAGGCUGAGUCAGCUGUCCAUUAGCUCGAAUGCGGAGGCAAAAGGUAUUGAAGAACAGAUUUUUCUGACACAGUUUCAAGUCGUAGGCUCCAAAACCAGCAACAUUCGAAGAAAUCCACCGACGCCCUACAUAACAUCAACUCUUCAACAAGAUGCCUCAAACAAAUUGAACUUCAGUGCAUCAUACACAAUGAAAGUGGCACAAAAGUUGUAUGAAGGAGUCCAGUUAUCAGAUGACAAGGCAACAGGACUUAUAACUUACAUGAGAACUGAUGGAGUACAGCUGUCAAAUGAAGCUGCUAAUGAUAUUCUAUCCUUUGUUGGGGAAAAGUAUGGUAGGAAUUUUGCUGUAAAAUCUCCACGCAAGUAUUUUAAAAAGGUAAAGAAUUCUCAGGAAGCCCAUGAAGCCAUUAGACCCACUGACAUCCGAAGACUACCAUCAAUGCUUGUUGGGGUGCUGGAUGAUGACUCCCUGAGGUUAUAUACACUUAUAUGGUCGCGCACGAUGGCAUGCCAAAUGGAACCUGCCAUCAUUGAGCAGAUACAAUGCGAUAUUGGGAAUGAUAAUAAUUCUAUAAUUUUCCGUUCGUCAUGUUCAAGGGUGGAAUUUCCAGGUUUCCAAGCUGCUUAUAAUGAUCUUGAAAUGAAAAGAACCAGAAAUAAUGAGGAUGAUGAGGAUCAUCGUUAUGGAGCAUUUGAGGUUUUGAGUAGUUUAGUGGUUGGUGAAUCCUUGUCUUUGGCCCAAACAGAACCCCAACAGCAUUAUACACAGCCUCCAUCACGGUACUCAGAGGGUUCCCUUGUAAAAAUGCUGGAGGAACUUGGCAUUGGAAGGCCUUCGACAUAUGCAACCACUAUUAAGGUGCUGAAGGAUAGAAAAUACAUAACAUCUAAGGGCAGGACUCUCUAUCCUGAAUUUCGUGGUCGAAUGGUGUCUGCCUUUCUCUCUCAUUAUUUCUCUGAGGUUACAGCUUAUAGCUUCACUGCUGAUAUGGAGACUGAACUAGACAAUAUAUCUGCUGGAAUUACCGAUGGGAAAGGCUUUCUGAAAGGUUACUGGGCAAGAUUUAGCAAGUACUGUGAGUCUGUAAGUGAUGUCCAUAUCCGCCAAGUGGAGAAGUUGUUGGAGCAAACAUUUAGCAAUUUCCUAUUUUCUUCUUGUGACGGAAAUAGAAUUUGCCCGAGCUGUGGCGAAGGAACAUUGGUAUUCAAAGUUAGUAGGUUUGGUGCUGGAUACUUCCUAGGAUGUGACAAACACCCAAAGUGCAAGUAUAUUGCUAAAGCUCUCUGCAGUGAGGAUGAUGCAGAAACGGAUCCUGAACUGCGAAAGGACAGUAUUCCGGAGCCUAAGUUACUUGGUUUAAAUCCAGAAACAAAUGAGAAGGUUCUUUUAAAGAAAGGCCCUUAUGGAUACUAUGUGCAACUUGGUGAAGACGGAAAGGGGAAUGUACCUAAACGAGCCUCAGUUUCUCGAAUAAAAGAUGUAGAAUCUAUUACAUUGGAAGAUGCCCUAGAAUUACUCAAGUAUCCAGUGACCUUGGGAAGUCACCCGGAUGAUAAUCAGCCCGUGGUUUUAAAGAUUGGAGGCACUGGAUUCAACAUUUGGCAUAGGCGCACCUUUGCUUCUGUACCCAAGAAUCUUAAGCCUGAUGAGAUAUCCCUGGAGAAGGCUCUGAAGCUUCUGCAGAGUAAAAAUGUGAGGAGAAGUGGACGACCAAAAAGCAAGAAUGUUGCUACUAAGGAGCCUGUGGAGGCAACAUGAGCAUUUCAUAUAUUCAUUCGGUGAGAACUAAAUCUGACAGGCAAUUCAUUUUGGAAGGGUAGAGGGUAGGGUAGGGGUAUAUUUUAAUUAAUUCAUUCUAGAGUAAUGUAGAUGCAGAUGCAGAUAUACACUUAAAAUAAACUGAAGUUUGAAUUACAUAUAUAUAUAUAUAUUUUCUUUUUCCAAAGUGAUAAGAUAACUAAUUCUAUA